AAAUUAUGGCUGAUAAAUGAUUAUUGUUUCUAUCUUCAAUCUUACUUUUGGUGUGACAAACAAAAUCAUAUGUAUUAAAUCGUCAAUUUCUGGAAUGUAAAGUCUAUUCUCGUGUAUCCCACAUUGUUCCAGUCAAAUACUCUGAUUAAAACUGAGACAAAAUGAAACGUGUUAUCAUCUUUAGAAAUGGUACCAAAUUUGAUGGAAAGGUUAUACUAGUCACGCAUUCAUUGGAAGAUUUAUUAAAGGAUGCUUCCAUCAAGCUCAACAUUUCAGCGAAAAAAAUAUUCACACCACAGGGUGGAGAGAUAGAUGAUAUUAAAUUAAUUCGGGAUGAUGAUAUACUCUAUGUUUCCAGUGGUGAGCCUUUUUUACCGGUGUCUGACCAAUCAUUGAUGACUCCUACUCAUCAACAAUAUCAGAGAAACAGAGGAGUCAAUUGUCCAUCUACACCUUUACUCUUACCUUUACCAUCAACCUCAGGAUCACAUUCAGCCUCAUCUGAAUGGAUUAGCCUUAAUGUUGGUGGAAAAAUUUUCUGUACAACAAAGCAAACUCUCAUCAGCAAAGAACCUAACUCAAUGCUGUCUAGAAUGUUUUCCAAUGAUACUUCAUUGAUACAACCCAGUCCCCGUGAUUCUACCGGUGCUUAUCUAAUAGAUCGAAGUCCUAUCUACUUUGAACCAAUACUUGGAUAUCUAAGACAUGGUCAAUUAAUCUUGGAUAAAAAUGUAAACCCUCAGGGUAUUUUAGAAGAGGCCAAAUUUUAUGGUAUUGCUUCUUUGAUACCCAUUUUAGAAGCUAUGGUUGCCUCUGAAGAUGAUCCAGCGCCUGAUGUGAAUAGUCUCCCCUUAACUCGUAGAGAUGUCAUCAAUGCAUUAAUAAGUACUUCUUUUAAUUCUGAAUUGAGAUUUCAGGGGGUUAACUUAGCUGGUGCUGAUCUAUCUAAAUUGGAUUUAAGGCACAUUAAUUUCAAAUUUGCAAAUCUUCGUGGAGCAGGUCUUCAAGGAGCCAAUUUAAGUUAUUGCUGCCUUGAGAGAUGUGAUCUUUCUGCUAGCAACAUGGAAGGAGUAAUACUUUUCGGUGUGAAAAUGGUGUGUGCCAAUUUAGAAAGAGCCAGUUUAAGAGCCGCUCACAUGGAAGAUCCGCUUGGUAAGCGAACAAACAUGGAAGGUGUCAAUUUGAAGGGAGCAAUUCUAGAAGGAAGUUCAAUGGCUGGAGUUAAUUUAAGGGUGGCUACCUUGAAGAACGCUAACUUGAAAAAUUGUGACCUACGAGGUGCAUGUCUUGCAGGCGCUGAUUUAGAAAAUUGUGACCUUAGCUGCUCCGACUUGCACGAAGCCAAUUUACGUGGUGCCAAUUUGAAAGGAGCAGCUUUCGAACUUAUGCCAACUGCUCUACAUAUGUCGCAAACGUUAUGUAAUUGAAAAUUCAUUUUCGUGCUUGGCUAUUGAAGAUGGAGCAAAAUAACUUAAAGCAUUUGGAACAAUUUUAAAAAAUUCGUUUUCACCAUAUUUACUUGAAAUAUUAUUGGUGAAUUACAAGGAACGAAUAUAACUUUAUUUUGUUGAUCAGAAACUUUUUCGUUUUGUUUCCGUUAGUUUAUUUACUUUGUUUCAUAUUUGCAGUAGAAACUUCAAAUAAGUAUAAAGUCCUUUCUCGACUCGGAUAUUUGUUUGGACAAAGCAUGUAUUGUUGAGAUAUGAAAACUUUUGCCUACAACAGAUGAAUCGGAUGCAUGAACAAAAAUUAUGUACACUUAUUAAAAAUUUUAAUUUGUA